AUGGCUCCUAAAGCUGGGAAAACAAAGCCACACAAGAGCAAAGGAGAGAAGAAGAAGAAGGAAGAGAAAGUUUUGCCCACUGUCAUUGAGAUAAGUGUCGAAACACCAGACGAAUCGCAAGUGACUCUUAAGGGAAUAUCUACGGACAGAAUCUUAGAUGUGAGGAAGCUCUUGGCGGUCCAUGUUCAGACAUGCCACUUCACCAACUUCUCUCUCUCUCACCAGGUGCGUGGCACUAGACUCAAGGACUCCGUUGACAUCGCAUCGUUAAAGCCCUGCCACCUCACCAUCGUCGAAGAGGACUAUACGGAGGAGCAAUCCACCGCGCACAUACGGCGGCUCCUUGACAUCGUCGCCUGCACCACCGCCUUCGGUUCGUCGAAACCGCCGGUGUCUCGCACGUCAGCUAAAGAGUCAGGUUCGAAUGAGGGGGCUGACAAGGAUGCCGGCGAUUCAGGUUCCGGUCUCAGUCCUAAGCCUAAUGAGCCAGAGAAGAAACUCGUCGUCGGCGGCUGUGAGUCUCAAGCAGCGGAAGGCGGGGACAAAGGUGGUGAAAUCAACAUGUGCCCACCGAUUCGUCUCGGGCAGUUUUACGAUUUCUUCUCCUUCUCCUACCUCACUCCUCCGAUCCAAUAUAUCAGAAGAUCUGUUCGUCCAUCAAUCGAGGAUAAAGGAUUAGAUGAUUUCUUUCAAAUCGAUAUUAAAGUUUCAAGUGGGAAGCCGAUCACUGUUGUGGCGUCAAGAGCAGGUUUUUUCCCAGCUGGGAAACAGCAACUUCUGUGUCAUUCCUUGGUUGAGCUGCUUCAACAGAUAAGCAGGCCAUUUGAUGCGGCUUACGACGCUCUUAUGAAAGCUUUCAUUGAGCACAAUAAAUUUGGCAACCUUCCUUAUGGUUUCCGGGCAAACACGUGGGUAGUUCCUCCGGUUGUUGCAGAUAGUCCAUCUACUUUUCCGUCACUUCCGGUGGAGGAUGAGACUUGGGGAGGGGACGGCGGCGGUGUAGGCCGGUCCGGUAAGCACGACAAAAGAAAGUGGGCGAAGGAGUUUGCGAUUUUGGCGGCGAUGCCUUGUAAAACAUCUGAAGAGAGACAGGUUCGAGAUAGGAAGGCCUUCCUGCUCCACAGUUUAUUUGUCGACGUUUCAGUUUUCAAAGCAGUGGAAAUAAUCAAAAAUGUAGUAGAGAGUAGUAGUAAUCAACGCUCGUCAAAGGAUUCUGCUGCUGCAUUGUCUUUCCAUGAAGAGAGAGUUGGUGAUUUGAUCAUAAAAGUGGCUAGAGAUGAUCCUGAUGGUAGUGCUAAGCUUGACCGUAAGAGUGAUGGGACUCGGGUGCUAGAGAUCUCUCAGGAAGAUCUUUCUCAAAGGAAUUUGCUUAAAGGAAUCACUGCUGAUGAGAGUGCGACAGUUCAUGAUACGUCGACCUUGGGGGUGGUGGUUGUCAGACACUGUGGUUUCACAGCCAUUGUUAAGGUUGCUGCUGAAUUUAAGUUGGAUGGUAGCCGAAGCCUACAGGAUAUUGACAUCGAAGACCAAUCCGAAGGAGGUGCAAAUGCUCUGAAUGUGAAUAGCUUGAGAGCUCUGUUGCACAAGUCGUCAACGCCUUCUAGCAUUGCUCAGAGAUCACCAAAUGCAGACUCGGAACAAAUACGUGUGGCUAAGUCCCUUGUGAGGAAAGUAUUUGAGGAUAGUCUAAAGAAUUUGGAGGCUGAACCAUCAAGAAAUGCCAAGCCUAUAAGGUGGGAAUUAGGAGCUUGUUGGGUGCAACAUCUGCAAAAUCAAGCUUCAAAUAAAAGCGAGUCUAAGAAAACUGAAGAUGCUAAGCCGGAGCCACCUGUUAAGGGUCUUGGAAAGCAAGGUGCACUGUUGAAGGAGAUUAAAAGGAAGAUCGAUGUGAAAGCUAACAAGACUGAACAGGGAAAAGAGGCCCUUGACACUGAAAAUAAAUCAGAAACUGAGGAUCAGAAGGAACUUGAAAAACAAAAUGAAAUGGAGAAGAUGUGGAAAGAACUGGUGCCAGAAGCUGCAUAUCAGCGUCUUAAAGAAUCAGAAACUGGUUUUCAUCUCAAGUCACCAAAAGAGCUGAUCGAAAUGGCCCGCAAAUACUACGAUGACACUGCUCUGCCGAAACUGGUGGCAGACUUUGGAUCUCUUGAACUCUCACCCGUCGAUGGGAGAACUCUGACAGACUUUAUGCACACCAGAGGAUUGCAAAUGCAUUCACUGGGGAAAGUGGUCGAGUUGGCUGAGAAGCUUCCUCAUGUGCAAUCCCUCUGUAUUCAUGAAAUGAUUGUUCGGGCAUACAAGCAUAUACUGCAGGCUGUUGUAGCAGCUGUUGAAAACACAGCUGAUGUUGCCGCUUCAAUAGCAUCAUGCUUGAAUGUCUUAUUGGGAACACCGUCUGAUACUGAGAGUGAAUAUGAUGAAAAGAUAAAGUGGAACUGGGUAGAAACUUUCAUUUCCAAGAGGUUUGGGUGGGACUGGAAGCAUGAAGGUAGCGAGGAACUUAGAAAAUUCGCCAUUCUUAGAGGACUUUCACACAAGGUUGGACUGGAGCUUGUUCCUAAAGACUAUGAGAUGGACACGCCAUAUCCUUUCAAGAAGUUGGAUAUUAUUAGUAUGGUUCCUGUAUAUAAGCACGUAGCAUGCUCGUCCGCUGAUGGUCGCACUUUGUUGGAAUCAUCCAAAACUUCCUUAGAUAAAGGCAAACUGGAAGAUGCUGUCACUUAUGGCACCAAGGCGUUGGCGAAGCUUGUAGCAGUGUGCGGCCCAUAUCAUAGAAUGACCGCCGGAGCAUAUAGUCUUCUUGCUGUUGUGCUGUACCAUACCGGGGACUUUAAUCAGGCUACCAUUUAUCAGCAGAAAGCACUCGACAUAAAUGAAAGGGAACUUGGACUUGAUCACCCAGACACAAUGAAAAGCUACGGCGACCUGGCCGUCUUCUACUAUCGUCUUCAACACACAGAACUAGCCUUGAAGUAUGUCAACCGUGCAUUGUACCUUCUGCAUCUGACGUGUGGACCGUCACAUCCAAAUACGGCUGCCACUUACAUAAACGUAGCGAUGAUGGAAGAAGGUCUAAGGAAUGUCCAUGUGGCUUUAAGAUACCUUCAUGAAGCGUUAAAAUGUAACCAGAGACUACUUGGAGCUGAUCAUAUCCAGACUGCUGCAAGCUACCAUGCCAUUGCUAUUGCACUUUCUCUGAUGGAUGCAUUCUCAUUGAGCGUCCAACAUGAGCAGACCACUCUACAGAUACUACAAGCAAAACUAGGACCUGAGGAUCUUCGGACACAGGAUGCGGCUGCGUGGCUUGAGUAUUUUGAGUCUAAAGUUGUGGAGCAGCAAGAAGCUGCACGAAAUGGUACUCCCAAGCCAGACGCCUCUAUUUCCAGCAAAGGCCAUCUCAGUGUAUCAGACCUGUUGGAUUAUAUAACCCCGGAUUCUGGUCUUAAAGCAAGGGACGCCCAAAAGAAAUUUCGCCUCAAGGUCAAGGGAAGGCCAGGGCAAAGUCAAGGACCCGUGUCAGAAGAAAGUCAGAAAGAUGACGAAGUUCUCACUCCCACUCAUAUCGCUGGGGAGAGUUCAUCAAGUGACAAAGAGAACAAAUCCGAAGCAAAACCUGAAGAAACAACAAAGGUUGUUGACAAACUUGAUUUGGAACCUCAAGAUCAGCUGACGCUGGUUAAGCCCGAAACCGCGACCCAAGAGGAUGAUGACUCUGACGAAGGAUGGCAAGAAGCUGUCCCGAAAAACCGUUCUUCUGGGCGUAGAGCCCGGCCAAGCCUAGCAAAGCUGAACACAAACUUCAUGAACGUGACCCAGCAGACAUCAAAAGGCAGGGGAAAAUCCACGAACUUCGCAUCCCCAAGGACUAGUCCAAAUGAACUAUCAAUCUCUGCUGCUGGUUCUACUUCCCAGCAUGCCAAGAAGCUGCUUGGAAAGAGCCAGAGCUUGAACAGAAAGCAAAACAGCUCAAAUGUAGUGGGAGAGAAGAUAGUCAACAGUAAAUCAGCUUCCACCGAACAGGUCAACAAGCUUUCACCACCGAUGGUGAGUCCUGUGACUGUCCAAGCUGGAAAACUGUUUUCCUAUAAGGAGGUUGCACUUGCACCCCCUGGAACCAUUGUGAAAUUAGUUGCAGAGAAGUUGCCAGAAGAAACGACUGCCCCAGAGACUUUAGAUGCGGCAAAAGUCGAAGUAGAUGAUGUUCCUAUAAAAGUUAAGGCUGAGGAAGUUGAGAGUGAGAAAAAGGACGUAGCUACAGAAACAGAAGCGAAAAAUGCUGAUACUGAUGAACAAGGAGGGGUGGUUGUUGGUGGAUUGGAGUUAAAGAGUUCACCAGGGGAAAUCAAGAAUGUGGAGACCAAAGAGGCAGCAGAAGAGGCAGUUUCAACAGAGACAACCGUAUCAGAUGCUAGACAAGAAAAAUCAGAGAGUGUACAAACGGCUGAGGAAUCAAAUACAAAUGGAAAUGGACCGGCGGCAACCGGAGUGACGUUAGAAAAGGAUGCCUCUGAUGCUGAAGUGAAAGCAGUAGAUGGCGAAACAGAAGAUAGCCCGAAGUCAUCUGCAGAUGGAGAAAAGCAAGAAGCAUCCGAGGCACAAAAAGAGAUAAGCAAGAAGCUCUCUGCUUCUGCACCGCCUUAUACCCCGACGACCAUUCCAAUAUUCGGGUCUAUUGCAGUUCCAGGAUUCAAAGAGCAUGGUGGUAUCCUUCCUUCCCCAUUGAACAUUCCUCCAAUGCUUCCUGUAAACCAUAUCCGCAGGUCGACUCCUCAUCAGUCUGUAACAGCUCGAGUCCCCUAUGGUCCAAGGCUCUCAGGUGGUGGUUACAACCGAUCCGGAAACAGAGUUCCGCGUAACAAACCAAGCUUCUCAAAUAGCACCGAGUCCAAUGGUGAAGCUAACGGUCCAAGAAUAAUGAACCCUCAUGCUGCUGAGUUCAUACCGAGUCAACCUUGGGUGGUUCCUAAUGGCUAUCCAGUGUCACCAAACGGCUAUUUGGCAUCUCCAAAUGGAGUGGAAAUAAUGCAGAAUGGGUACCCUCUGUCGCCAGUAGCUGGUGGAUAUCCGUGUAACAUGAUACAGCCUGAGAAUGGGAUUAUUACAACUGCACCACUGCCUUUGGAGGAAUUACCUGGUACCGAAAGCUCUGAGGAGAAGACCGGAAGCGAAGAAGAGAGCAACACUGAGGAAAAGGUAGCCGAGCAUGAAGAAGCCAUUGUUGCGCAAGAAACUACAGAGACUCUUGAAAAUGGACAUGAGAUAUCUGAGAAGAAAAAUGGAGAAGGACAUAAAGGAAAGUGCUGGGGAGAUUACAGCGACAACGAGAUUGAGCAAAUUGAAGUCGCAAGUUGA